AUGGCCUUCCCACAAGCCGACUACGCUCGCGGACUGCAGCUCGUGCAAUCAAACCCCGCUGAAUCCAUCCGUAAAGCUCAAGCAAACUCCAACGUUGACCUGAAAUGUAUCGUCAACUGCAUUCAGUCCAUCCCCGCGCUCCAAACGCCCACUACCAUCCACAUCCUCAUCGCCAACCUCGCUCCCCAUCUCAUCCCCGAUCCUACCAAAACCACUGCAGCGCGUUCUCCUGUUGCGCUCGCGACAGACCGCGCGUUCGCCUCCAUCAUGGGCCUCGGCAACAUGGGGCCCUUCCUUCAACCUUCGCCACAAGCAGCUCCGUUCCUCAAUCCGCUCAAACAAGCCUGGCCUGGGAUCUGGAAAUGGAUGCAGUUCUUCUGGUAUCAGAAUCAGGAUCCGAGGGUAGGCUCACCCGAGCAGUUGAAGAACACGACCCAGAUGAUCAGUUAUGCGAUAUAUUCCAUGACACAUGACGAUGAUCUGCAGAGGAUAAUCACGAACACUGAGGGGGUUAUACCCAUGAUCACGAAACUUUGGGUGGACGAGGAGAGGGAGGUAACUGGCGGUGAACGGGCCAGUGUUCCCAUAUUGCCCAUCCCUGUGUCUUCGGCGGCGUUGCACCAGAUCUUGUUCGAAGCGGAUGAGAAGAUGCUCGACCAGGUCGUGGCGAACUCGUUCCCUGGUGCUCCGGAGAAGGUCGCCGAUUUCCUACUUAAUCGGAUACGUAAUGCGGUGAAGAAACCUUCCGCGAAGCUGAGCGCAGGGGUGGUCCAAUCCUUUGUCGACCUCACUAUCUCGUUCUCUCGAGCCCCGAAGCAUCCGCUCCGCCACCUCCUCCUCUCGAAGGGUCUCAUCGGUGUAAUCACCAAAACGCUUCUCGUCCUCACCACUCGUCCGCUCUAUGAAGAAAACGUCCUAGAAGCCAUAACGUCCUGCUUCGGUUGCAUCUCCAACCUCAUCGAAUGCGGCGACGGGAUCACAUACAUCCGCCAAACUAUAACCGAAGGUUUCCUCCAAGCCUUCGUCAACAUCAUGCCAAAUUUCCAACGCUUCGACGAAGAGGCGCGCAGCUUUACGAUCAGUCUCAUCGAGGACUUGCUGCCGCGGUAUCUGGUGUAUCGGAGUGUGAUUGAGAGUGUAGUGGUGGCGAUGAGAGGGUUGGAUACGGAGGCUUGUAGGAAUAAGGUCGCGAGGAGUCCGGUCAAGAAGAGUUGGGAGCGGUUGAGGCAGAUCGCGGAGGCGAGGAUGAUGGCGAAGGAGAUGGCGGACGAGACAAGGAAGAAGUUAGCAUGGUGCGAUAAUUGCCAGAAAAAGGGUCCGAAGGACACGUUUAAGCAGUGUACUGGCUGCAAAGUCACGCUUUACUGCUCGAAGGAAUGCCAAGUAGCGAGCUGGAAGAAACAACACAAAGCGGAGUGCAACCUCAAAGACCAAGAGCGAAUAGUCUUCCAAUCCGACGCCUUGCGCAAAACAGACCGGGUCUUUCUCCAUGCUCUUACGAUCCGCGAAGCUCGUAUCCUCCUGCCUACCCUGCGUAACCUCGCCAAAACAAAAUUCCCAGGCAUUUCUACCUCAGGUCUUGGUAUCAAGAUCGACUACACGCGUGUUCCGCCUGUACCCUCCGUGUUCAAGCUCGAAGGCCACGAUAUAUCUACCUGUACGCUCUCCGAUGAUGACGUCGAUAACCCCAUCUCUCCUUCGACGCUUUUCACAGGCUACAGCGCAGGUCUCCUCUCCAAAGGAAAUAAAUUCGAUGGAGCACGAUCCCGUGAGGCGCAGGAGAAAGCGAGGCGGAAAGUCGAUCUUCAGGCAAGGGGAGGGUUGUCGGAGAAGAGGACUUCAGGGAUAUUGAAGAAAGCGAUCGACAACGAGGGGAGGCUCACCCUGAUUGAGAGUAUUGUGAGCUCUGGGCAGACGGCGACGAUGAUUAUGACGCUAGCAGCGAGGAACAUCUGGGUGGAGGGAGAUUGGGUUAGCGAGGCAGGGAGUGAUGGUGGGACGUUAGAUGAAGAUUGGUUAAUGAAGGCAGAUGAAGAGGAGGAUGAAAAUGUGCUGGAUCUGGGAGGGAAAUUGGAGGAGGUCGCGCUAGGCUUAGAUCUGGAUUGA